AUGCGCGGCAAACGAAAACUGGUCAAAUCACACGCAUUUCCAUUGUGGUUGCUAACCCAAACAUUUCUUUCUCUUCGUCUUUCUUUUCUUUCUCUUUGUCUUUCUUUUCUUUCUCUUCGUCUUUCUUUUCUUUCUUUCUUUUUAAACAUUAUUCUUUUUUUUUUCUUGCAUCUUCCUCUUCGAUUUUAUCUUUUCUUCUUCGUCCGCCAUGAUUUUUAUUUUCUUAUCUGCACUUGUUUUUUCUUUCUAUCUUUUACAUCCUUUUUAUUCUUUCUUUCUUUUUUCCUUGCGUCCAUUUUUAUUCUUUCUUUUUUAUUUCCCUCCGUUGAAUUCUCAUUUAAUUCCUUCAUCCUUUUUUCUUCUAUUUCGUUUUUAUUUUCGUUCGCAUUCUCUCUCCUUCUCGUUCGCAUUCUCUCUCCUUCUCGUUCGCAUUCUCUUUCCUUCUCGUUCGUAAAAUCUCUCUUUCCUUCUCGAUCGUCUUCUCUCUCCUUCUCGUUCGUAUUCUCUCUCUUUCUCGUUCGCAUUCUCUCUCCUUCUCGUUCGCAUUCUCUCUCCUUCUCGUUCGCAUUCUCUUUCCUUCUCGUUCGUAAAAUCUCUCUUUCCUUCUCGUUCGUCUUCUCUCUCUUUCUCGUUCACAGUCUCUCUUCUUCUCGUUCGCAUUUUCUCUCCUCGUUCGCCUUCUCUCUCUUUCUCGUCUGUAUUCUCUCUCCUUCUCGUUCGCAUUCUCUCUCCUUCUCGUUCGUAAUCUCUCUCUCUCUCCUUCUCGUUCGCAUUUUCUCACCUUCUCGUUCGCCUUCUCUCUCCUUCUCGUUCGCAUUCUCUCUCCUUCUCGUUCGCAUUCUCUUUCUUUCUCGUUUUUCACAUUCUCUCUCUUUCCAGUUCGCAUUCUCUCUCCUUCUCGUUCGCUUUCUCUCUCCUUCUCGUUCGUAUUCUCUCUCUCUCUCCUUCUCGUUCGCAUUCGCUCUCCUUCCCGUUCGCAUUCUCUCUCUCUCCUUCUCGUUCGCAUUCUCUUUCCUUCUCGUACGUAUUCUCUGUCCUUCUCUUUGUAUUCUCUCUCCUUCUCGUUCGCAUUCUCUCUCUCUCCUUCUCGUUCGCAUUCUCUUUCCUUCUCGUACGUAUUCUCUGUCCUUCUCUUUGUAUUCUCUCUCCUUCUCGUUCGCAUUCUCUCUCCUUCUCGUUCGUAAUUUCUCUCUCUCCUUCUCGUUCGUAUUCUCUUUCCUUCUCGUUCGCAUUCUCUGUCAUUCUCGUUCGCAUUCUCUCUCCUUCCAGUUCGCAUUCUCUCUCCUCCUCGUUCGCAUUCUCUCUCCUUCUCGUACGUAUUCUCUGUCCUUCUCUUUGUAUUCUCUCCUCGUUCGCAUUCUCUCUCCUUCUCGUUCGUAUUCUCUCUCCUUCUCGUUCGCAUUCUCUGUCCUUCUCGUUCGCAUUCUCUCUCCUCUUGUUCGUAAUUUCUCUCUCUCCUUCUCGUUCGUUAUCUCUCUCCUGCUCGUUCGUAUUCUUUCUCCUGCUCCUUCGCAAUCUCUCUCAUUUUCUCUUUCUCUUAUAAUUCUUUCUUCCAUUCCUCUAUUUUUAUCCUCUUCUUUUUUUAUUCUCCUUUUUUUCAAAUAUGUCUCUCUUUUUCUUUUUCUCAUUAUCUCUAUUGCAAAAUUUCUCCGUUUCUUCCUCUCUAUACCCUUCUCUCUAUCUCACUAUAUUCUUCAAGUCUCUCUCUCGUUUGCUCUCAGCUCCCCCCUCAUUUAUCUCUCUUUCUCUCUCUCUCUUUCUCUCUCUCUCUUCGUUAAAUUUGAGGAGGAGGAAAUUGCGAAAAGGGAAAAAUGUUCCAGUAGAAAGAGAAUGAAAGACAAACUAAAUCGUGAAAAGAAAGAAAGAAAAACCGAUAAAGAACUAGAGACAAAAUUGAACGAGAGGAAGAAAGUUAAGAACGUUUGA